GGGUGGGACUGGCAUGGGGGGUAGGGGUAGGGGAACCUAGAAGCUUGGGGGAGGAGCUUGAGGGCCAUCCGCUGUCCCAGUUCUGCCAGCAAUCGUGUCCAAGUGACUGGUUAUUAUCGUGCCGCCGUGGGUGCGCCGCGGUAUUGCAGAGGCCAGUCGCUCGCUUCCCUGGCAGGAGCAGCCGCGCCCGCCAGCAGGGAAUGGAAGCGGAAAACACCGGCAGCUACUCCCUUCAGCAAACUCAAGCUUUUUACACAUUUCCACUCCAACAAGUGAUGGCGGAAGUUCCUAAUGUGACAGUUAUGAAUGAACAAGAAAUACCAGCAGACGUUCCAGCCCCAGCUCCUGCUCAGGAACCCAUACCAGAGACUCCAAAAGGAAGGAAAAGAAAACCCAGAACAACAGAACCAAAAAAACCAGUGGAACCCAAAAAACCGGCUGAGGCCAAAAAGUCUGGCAAGUCCACAAAAUCAAAAGAGAAGCAAGAGAAAAUUACAGACACGUUUAAAGUGAAAAGAAAAGUAGACCGCUUCAAUGGUGUUUCGGAAGCUGAACUUUUGACCAAGACUCUCCCAGACAUUUUGACCUUCAAUCUGGACAUUGUGAUUAUUGGCAUAAACCCAGGACUAAUGGCUGCUUACAAAGGGCAUCAUUACCCUGGACCUGGAAACCAUUUUUGGAAGUGUCUAUUUAUGUCAGGGCUGAGUGAGGUCCAGCUGAGUCACAUGGAUGAUCACACUUUACCAGGGAAGUAUGGUAUUGGAUUUACCAAUAUGGUGGAAAGGACAACACCAGGCAGCAAGGAUCUCUCCAGUAAAGAAUUUCGUGAAGGAGGACGUAUUCUAGUGCAGAAAUUACAGAAAUAUCAGCCGCGAAUAGCAGUGUUUAAUGGAAAAUGUAUUUAUGAAAUUUUUAGUAAGGAAGUUUUUGGAGUAAAGGUUAAGAAUUUAGAAUUUGGACUUCAACCCCAUAAGAUCCCAGACACAGAAACUCUCUGCUAUGUUAUGCCAUCAUCCAGUGCGAGAUGUGCACAGUUUCCUCGAGCCCAGGAUAAAGUUCAUUACUACAUUAAGCUGAAGGACUUAAGAGAUCAGUUGAAAGGCAUUGAACGAAACACAGAUGUUCAAGAGGUGCAAUAUACCUUUGACCUACAGCUAGCCCAAGAGGAUGCAAAGAAGAUGGCUGUGAAAGAAGAAAAAUACGAUCCGGGUUAUGAAGCAGCAUAUGGUGGUGCCUAUGGUGAAAAUCCGUGCAAUAGUGAACCUUGCAGCUUCCUUGCAAAUGGGCUGACCCCCCACCCAGCAGCUGACAAUGGAGAAUCAACUUUCAAUGACAUUCCAAAUGGGCACUGAAUGACCCAGUCGUUUACAGACCGGAUUCCUUCCUUUAAUAAUCACUGUGGGACGCAAGAACAGGAAGAAGGAAACCAUGCUUAAGAAUGGUGCUUCUCAGCCCUGCUUAAAUGCUGCAGUUUUAAUGCAGCUGUCAAGAAAUGGCCCUCAGUUUGCUAACUGAAGUAUUUUAUUCGUAUUUUACUAUGGUGAUGUAAUCAUGGUACAGCAGAAUCAACUGUACAAAUCUUAAGUAGUUUGGAAAGAAAAGGUAGGGUUUUUUGUAUAUGAGUUUUUGUAUUUGAAUUAACCAUCAUUCCAGCUUUUUAUAAACUAUAUUUCAUUUACGAAGAAAUUGAUUUUCUUUUAGGAGUCACUUUUAAUCUAUAAUUAAUUUAAAAUGCAACAGUCUGAAUAUUUAUAUUUGAUUACUGUGCAUAACCCUUGAUACACCAUUAUCCCUUUUGUGCCUAAGAAAGGCAUGCUAAUAGUAAGAAUUACCAUUGGCGAAGAGGCACAUAUGUUGAUUUUCAUCUAUGAGGUUAACCCUCAGUGGAGUCAUUCAUUUGGUAGUUUUUAGCCACAUUUAAUGGGCUUCCUGAGUUGUAUUCACACUCAGACCUCCUUGCUUUAUCAGUGGCAAGCGUAUGUGAGAGUUGCCUGGUAGUAGAAAUGUAUGUACAGCCUUGCAGCAGCAAGGCUGACCUGGCCUUACCCGUCAGGGCAGUGAGCCCUGGCUUUGGCCCUCUCACCCCCAUGUGCUAACCCUCUAGUAGGCAGAAACUAUUCUGCUGGUAUGGUAAGUUUUAGAGACUGCAGAAGACCUUUCACAUUUUCUUACUUCAUCUGUGUUUUACUUGAGAGACAUACAUUUGAUAGGGAAGGAACUGAAUAUCUCAAUAUCUAUCACCAUUCUAAUUUUAUCCUCCUUCACUUUAAGCAUGUAACAUGGAAGUGAUGAGAAAUGAACUUUCAGGUUGAAUAACAAGAUGCUGUAGAUGUUUGAUAAUCUUAUUUAAACUGGUGCUUUAUGUACAUGAGAUGUACUAAAAUAAAUAAUGUAGGAUUUUUCUUGCUAGGUAAAUCAAAUAAGCCAGUCAUUUAAAAAAAUUCUUUCUCUGCAUCAUUGCUAUUUGUUACUGUGGACUAAGUGAACCUCAUGGCAAGGUUAGUUUGAAGUAAUGUACCUUUGUGAUUUUCUAAUGCAUUUUUCCAUGGUGCUACAAAUAGUCCAGACUACUAGGCCUGGUAGAUAUUAAAGCUGGGUAUUCAGAAAUGCCGUUUGCAUUUACUCCUGAUCACUUCUGAAUAUUCUGAUUUCAUACCUACCCAGGGAGCAUGCUGUUUUUCAAUAUGAAAAUAUUUAUUAGGUUUUGGGAUUUUUUUUCUAAAAGGUUUUACGGCCUGUUCUUUUUAUAAUAAGAGAAACAAAUUCUUGUUGUGAAUCUUAACAGACUUUUUAACUGUGGCUAUGAUGGAUUUUAUUUUUCCUUUAGUCUAGGUCAAGCUUUGUAAAAGUCACUGAUGUUAUUUAAAUCAUGUACUGUACUGCUGUUUACAUGGAUGUUUUAUGCGGGUGCUUUGAAGUGCCUUGCAUCAGGGAUUAGGAACAAUUUAAUUAUUUUUUCAUGGGAUUAUGUAAAGCAUGUAACUAGGUAGUGCUCUGGUUUUUAACAACUAUAGCCUUACAGUAGAUUUUUUUUUUGAGUGGAGAAAAUCCCCUUUAAACUACAGUGGACACUCACUAGAGAAUGGGUUUGAGGAAUUUUCCAAACAUACAAUAAUGGUGUUUUUCAUUAAAUACAACAGAUGAAUAAUAAAUGUUGAUAUAUCCUAUAAGUGACAAUAUGAGGCUUUUUCAUUAAAUAAUAUUGAAAAAGUUUUUAAAUUCAUUUGAAAGUCUGAUGGGUUUUACAAUAAAAAAUAAUAAGAAUGGUUA